GAUGAAAGCGCACCACGCCCCGACUGCUACCCCUUUUAGUGACGUCACACCGCGACGCUCGCGCCGACUGGCGUCUAACGGACCGUCGCCGUCCACAGUAGCUGUAGACGCCGCCACGCCUGACGAUGAACACAAGUUGUCGGCAAAAGAAAAUUUAAUUACUGAGUCAAACGCCGCCGUUGUCCUCACUGUGGUCGAGCGACUGCCCGACGACGUAGAUCUGGACGAAGAGGGAGAGGAAGAAGAGGACGAAGAAGAAGAGGAUAUGUGCGAAAGUCUCCUCACUGAUACACUAUCAAUACCUCGCACAGGAGACGGAGUAAAACAGCUGCAGACAUCCUCCAGACCAGUCAGACACGCCGCUAAAACUUGGGAUAGCGACAUGGUUUGGGGUCACGAAGCCCUUCGAAACGGCGGCGGUUGUUCAUCAUCCUCAUCAUCCUCACAAGAGAAGACAAAUGGGAAAAAUGAACCUGCAACGUUUAAAUGUCGAACGUGUAAUGAAGUAUUUAUGGAACGUGCCGCUCUUAAAAGGCAUUCAAGAAGACAACAUCGUAAUGACCGUCCAUGGCCAACAAAGAGCGCUUUCGGUACAACGCGGGAGCAUCGUACUAACGGAGGUCACGGUGACGCUGCCGUUGUCACUCUUAGUAAGGAACGCAUGCGGACGUUCGCAAAAGAGAUGAAAGAAGCAUCAAAGGCCGCUGAUAAAUUCGUUUGGUGCGCUCUAUGCCGAAAGAACAUAUCGAAAUUCUAUCUAAACACGCAUCUACGACUCCACACCGGCCAAAGGCCUUACAGAUGCGAUUUCUGUGGCUCCUGUUACACGGACGAUACCAAUAGGAAUAAGCACGAGAGGAACCAUGUUAAGGGUAGACCAUUUGCCUGUGAUGAGUGUGAUGAGCAUUUUAUUACACCUAGAUCUUUAAAAUUCCAUCUUCGAAAAGUUCACAAUAGAACAAAAGACGUACCAAGUACGGAUGAAAUUCUUGCGCAGGUAGCUAAUCAACAUGGGGUAAUAAGAGCGAUGAAUGGUAACGGAAGACAAGCCAGUAUGGACGAUGCUGAUACACCACCAUCACCACCUGCACAACGUAAACGUUCUAGUCCAAUUCAUACAACUGAUGAUAGUGGAGCCUGUUCGAGUGACUCAGAAGCAGCAUAUGCUUGUACAGACUGUCCAGAAAAUCAAAGAAGAACUUAUGCUUCAAGGAGUAGCUUGUAUCAGCACUACAAACGUUGCCAUAGCGGAAUUCGUCCAAACCCUCUUAAGCUAUCGAACAACAAGCCGAUUAAGAAGGAAACACUAUCUUAUGAAACGUCUGUUAAACGACGGCGCUACGACUCAUCUCCUCAAAUUGUGAGAGUUAAAACCGAAAAAGAGGAAGAGGUUCUUGAGGAAGCUACACUAGAGGAUAUUGAAAAUGUGUUUGGCUCAAUGGAAGAAUUACAGCGCGAGGAUUGGCCUCCUCCUCAUACAACUGCUCUUGUAACUGCAAGAUGUUCUCUGUGCGGUUCUGGAUUCGCCGAAGAUUCUAAACUUCGAGCUCACAUUGAAAACGUUCAUGGAUUAAAUCCGGAUCAAGCAUCCUCAUCUAACGGUUUCUGCCCACCAGGCUACAUGGACGCUCAAAAUGUUAUCUACUCUUUUCAGCAGCAACAGCAGAUGACAGAUGUCAGUCCUUCCGCUCGUCUAGCCCCACCAACGCCAGCUACACCAGAUGAUGAGUACGCGUCUUUCCUAAUGGGGGGCCAGCAAAGGUCGACCUCUCCCAUAGCAACUUCACUAGAUAUGGAUUUAAAAUUGCCGAGUUUUGAUCAGUUUUUAAAGCCAGUACCAGAUGAGGAUAAAUCAGCGCCUCGACUUCCCUCUUAUUCGGAGUCUUUAGACGUUGCAGCUCCUCCAUCUACAACCCAUCCGGCCAUCGUAAGCGUUCUUAAGGCGCCCACUUAUCAUACACUGAAAUCUCCAAAAGCCAAAUCAUUACUUAGCCCUGCCAGACCUGCACUCUCACCCGUCCAUUCGCUGCCACCCUCUCCUCUUACUGUCAGUCCAGCGGCUAGAAUUGUUAGUCCAGCAAGAUGCAGUACUACUAGUUGUAGUCCGCGAGCUCGGCUCGUUUUACCAACUUCAUCUACGCCCUCAGCUCCCGCUACUGCAGCCAACAGCAACUCACGCAAACCGCCGGACAUGAGCGUCCCGCUCACGCCAAUAGACGAGCCCGGAGACGUGAUUAGCAACAAAGCGUUGCCUUCAAUCUCGGCCCUAUUACCGCCGCUCGAUCAAGACUCUACACCCCCAACUUCGCCCAAUAACCGAAAGGUCGAUAUUAAUCAAAAUCACCAGAUGGCGCGAAGAGAAAGUAUUGUUUGUAGGUUACGCAAAGCCUUAAAAGGAGUAGGAGCAAAAAUGGGACCAGUUGCAGAACUAUUAAAAGACGGCUGUUUAGAAUCAUGGGUCGAUGAGCAAUUGAAUAGUAGUGGAGACGAAAUGCCAAACUCUCCACCGCCCUCUCCAGACGGUUUAAAUGCGUUUUCUACAAAUGAACUACUCGACGAACUAAUGUCGAGAAGAUCUUCCUCAUGCGUGUGCGGCUUAAUUUUCAACGAUCGCACUCAUUUAGCCAUUCAUCGAGUGCUGCACGAUCCGCACAGGCCGGCGUCCUGCUCAAUGUGCAACGAACAUUUUGCUACCUGGUGUGAAUUUAUCGAGCACCUAAAUACCGGAUCGGGAUGCAAAUGA